AUGAAAUAAGAAAUAAGAAACUGAUGGUGUUAGGAACUGAGAACAAAGGGAAAGAGAACACCUUCAUUGAUUUUCUUCCCUGUGGUUAUCGCUCCUUGUUUCUCUCUAAGGAUUAGGGCUUGAUUCGUGUGUCAAAGUCGUCUUCUUCGUCUUCUCCACCUCUCUACUUUAGGUUUUGGUUUACGCUCCGCCUUGAGAUUUAUCUUCCGCUCCCGGGUUUUCCGUUGAUAUAUAAGAAAUAGGUUCUUGCUUCCGCCAAACUGUAUCAAUAUCACUUUUUGUUUUAGCCUUACCAUUGAGGGUUUCAGUUCUUCUCCAUUUUCUUUGGAGAUCACUGUCUUCUUCUUGUUUCUAGAGUUUUUCGUUCUUGAUUUGGGUUGGGAUGAGUAGUGAAUUUAGUGAAGAGAUACUGAUUGAAGCCAAGCUCAACAGCACUCAGCAAUCCAUCCAAACUCUAUCACAUUGGUGUAUAGUCCAUCGUAACGAAGCUGAGUUAGUGGUUACGACAUGGGAAAAACAGUUUCACAGUACCGAGAUGGUCCAGAAAGUGCCUCUCUUGUACCUUGCGAACGACAUUAUUCAGAACAGCACGCGUCAGGGUAACGAGUUCGUGCAAGAGUUCUGGAAAGUACUCCCUGGGGCUCUCAAAGAUCUUGUUUCCUUGGGAGAUGACCGUAGAAAAGGCCUGGUCUCGAGAUUGGUUACUAUAUGGGAAGAGAGAAGAGUCUUCGGGUCCCGUUCAAAGAGACUUAGAGAUGUAAUGCUCUCAAAAGAAGCUCCUCCACCACUUGAUGUCAGUAAAAAGCGAUCACGGGGAUCCAAAUAUGCUAAACGGGAUUCAAAAUCUGCCAAAACGAAAUUAUCAAACGGAGGUAUAACGGAGAAGAUAGUAUCUGCAUUUAAUAUGGUUCGUGCAGAGAACUCAAACGAAGAGACAGAGAUGAACAAAUGCAAAUCUGCAGUUAAACGUAUCCGAAAGAUGGAGAAAGAUGUUGAAGAUGCCUGCUCCACUGCAAAAGAUCCGAAGAGAAAAACAUUGGCAAAAGAAUUGGAAGAAGAAGAAAAUAUUCUGAGGCAAUCUGUUGAGAAACUUAAAUCUGUUGAGGAAUGCAGAACAUCCCUCGUACAUCAUCUUAAAGAAGCGCUACGUGAACAAAAAUCUGAAUUGGAGAAUCUGCAAUCUCAGAUACAGGUAGCGCAAGAACAGACCAAAGAAGCUCAAAACUUGCAGAAACGGCUCAGUGACGAAACAGCGGUUAAAAACAACAAGGGAACAUCUGGUCAAUCAGGGAAGAUCACACCUGCGUCAAUCGCUGCAAUGCUAACUGCAUCAACGAAUUCAUCAAUGAUAAUGCAUUCAGUUUUGUCUUCAUUUGCAGCCGAGGCUACACAGACUUCAGGUUUAACCAAAUCAAAUAGUUCAGACACAAAUGCAUUUGCUCCUCCGAAUCCUCAGUAUCAUCAUAUGAUCCCGAACGCAGCCGCAUCGCAACAACAGUUUUUACCUUAUGGGUUUGGUAACAUUCCGUUAAUGCCGCCUGGACCGUUGCCGCCACAUUUGAUCAGUAAUCAACCAACCGCAGCUCAGCCACAAUCGCAACAAGGUCUGAGUUUUCAGCCACCUGGUAUCAUGUAUUUUGGACCUCCACACCAUUCUUAGCUGUUUUUUUUUUUUUAAUAUUUUCCUUAAGUCUGAUUAGUUUUAGUUUUAGAUAGUUGCUGACCCACUUUCUUUAUUUGAUGAUGCAUUGU